AUGUGGACUCGUUUGAACUCAUGUGGACUCGUUUGCACUCACGUGGACUCGUUUGCACUCAUGUGGACUCGAUUGCACUCAUGUGGACUCGUUUGCACUCAUGUGGACUCGUUUGCACUCAUGUGGACUCGUUUGCACUCAUGUGGACUCGUUUGCACUCAUGUGGACUUGUUUGCACUCAUGUGGACUCGCUUGCAUUCAUGUGGACUCGUUUGCACUCAUGUGGACUCGCUUGCACUCAUGUGGACUCGCUUGCACUCAUGUGGACUCGCUUGCACUCAUGUGGACUCGUUUGCACUCAUGUGGACUCGUUUGCACUCAUGUGGACUCGUUUGCACUCAUGUGGACUCGUUUGCACUCAUGUGGACUCGCUUGCACUCAUGUGGACUCGAUUGCACUCAUGUGGACUCGUUUGCACUCAUGUGGACUCGUUUGCACUCAUGUGGACUCGCUUGCACUCAUGUGGACUCGUUUGCACUCAUGUGGACUCGUUUGCACUCAUGUGGACUCGUUUGCACUCAUGUGGACUCGAUUGCACUCAUGUGGACUCGUUUGCACUCAUGUGGACUCGUUUGCACUCAUGUGGACUCGUUUGCACUCAUGUGGACUCGUUUGAACUCAUGCGGACUCGUUUGCACUCAUGUGGACUCGUUUGAACUCAUGUGGACUCGUUUGCACUCAUGUGGACUCGUUUGCACUCAUGUGGACUCGUUUGCACUCAUGUGGACUCGUUUGCACUCAUGUGCACUCGUUUGCACUCAUGUGGACUCGUUUGCACUCAUGUGGACUCGUUUGCACUCAUGUGGACUCGCUUGCACUCAUGUGGACUCGUUUGCACUCAUGUGGACUCGUUUGCACUCAUGUGGACUCGCUUGCACUCAUGUGGACUCGUUUGCACUCAUGUGGACUCGAUUGCACUCAUGUGGACUCGUUUGCACUCAUGUGGACUCGUUUGCACUCAUGUGGACUCGUUUGCACUCAUGUGGACUCGUUUGCACUCAUGUGGACUCGUUGCACUCAUGUGGACUCGUUUGCACUCAUGUGGACUCGUUUGCACUCAUGUGGACUCGUUUGCACUCAUGUGGACUCGCUUGCACUCAUGUGGACUCGCUUGCACUCAUGUGGACUCGUUUGCACUCAUGUGGACUCGUUUGCACUCAUGUGGACUCGUUUGCACUCACGUGGACUCGUUUGCACUCAUGUGGACUCGCUUGCACUCAUGUGGACUCGCUUGCACUCAUGUGGACUCGUUUGCACUCAUGUGGACUCGUUUGCACUCAUGUGGACUCGUUUGCACUCAUUGGACUCGUUUGCACUCAUGUGGACUCGUUUGAACUCAUGUGGACUCGUUUGCACUCAUGUGGACUCGUUUGCACUCAUGUGGACUCGUUUGAACUCAUGUGGACUCGUUUGCACUCAUGUGGACUCGUUUGCACUCAUGUGGACUCGUUUGCACUCAUGUGGACUCGUUUGAACUCAUGUGGACUCGUUUGCACUCAUGUGGACUCGUUUGCACUCACGUGGACUCGUUUGCACUCAUGUGGACUCGUUUGCACUCACGUGGACUCGUUUGCACUCAUGUGGACUCGUUUGCACUCAUGUGGACUCGUUUGCACUCAUGUGGACUCGUUUGCACUCAUGUGGACUCGUUUGAACUCAUGUGGACUCGUUUGCACUCAUGUGGACUCGUUUGCACUCAUGUGGACUCGUUUGCACUCAUGUGGACUCGUUUGCACUCAUGUGGACUCGUUUGCACUCAUGUGGACUCGUUUGCACUCAUGUGGACUCGUUUGCACUCAUGUGGACUCGUUGCACUCAUGUGGACUCGUUUGCACUCAUGUGGACUCGUUUGCACUCAUGUGGACUCGUUUGCACUCAUGUGGACUCGCUUGCACUCAUGUGGACUCGUUUGCACUCAUGUGGACUCGCUUGCACUCAUGUGGACUCGCUUGCACUCAUGUGGACUCGCUUGCACUCAUGUGGACUCGCUUGCACUCAUGUGGACUCGUUUGCACUCAUGUGGACUCGAUUGCACUCAUGUGGACUCGUUUGCACUCAUGUGGACUCGUUUGCACUCAUGUGGACUCGUUUGCACUCAUGUGGACUCGUUUGCACUCAUGUGGACUCGUUGCACUCAUGUGGACUCGUUUGCACUCAUGUGGACUCGUUUGCACUCAUGUGGACUCGUUUGCACUCAUGUGGACUCGCUUGCACUCAUGUGGACUCGUUUGA